AUGUCCAAUCUACCAACACUCGUAUUUGUACCUGGCUCAUGGCAUAGACCGACAUGCUUCGACCCAGUCAUCAAACUCCUCCCACCAAAGUUGAAAUGCAUCGCAGUCUCCCUCCCUUCAACAACAGGGAACCCAGCCGCAACUUUCAAAGACGACCUCGACGCUGUGCAAUCAGUUGUAUCCCGCGAGACGGUCGCCGGACGUGAUGUGGUUGUCAUCGCGCAUUCAUACGGCGGCAUGGUCGGCAAUAGCGCUGUCAAGGGAUUCACCCAAAACGCCAAGGACGAAGCUCAGUCCUCAGGGGGUUAUGUGAUUGGCAUUAUUCUUAUAGCUUCUGGCUUCACCCUCACUGGUAUGGCCUUUAUGGAUCCAUUCUUCGGGCAUCCACCUCCUACGUGGCGCGUUAAUAACGAGACCGGCUAUGCGGAGUUGGUCACUCCGCCUCGCCAGCUCUUCUAUCACGAUUUACCUGAGGGUGAGGCGGAGUAUUGGGCUUCUCAGCUUACUACUCAAAGUCUCAAAGCUUUGUUCGAAGGUGGCGAGUAUACGUAUGCUGGCUGGCAGGACGUGCCUUCUUGGUAUAUCGGGACCAUUGAAGAUCAGGGCUUGCCGGUAUUGGCGCAGCGGAUGACAGUAGGCAUGGCGAGGGAACUGGGCGGGAAAGUGGAGCAUCGAGAGCUGCAGACUAGUCAUUCGCCGUUUUUGAGUCAACCGGAGGCGACUGUGAAGAUCAUGGUGGAGGCUGUGGAGGCGUUUAUUGGUAAAGUGAUUGACGAGUCUCCAAGUGGAAGUGGAAGUGGAAGUGGAAGUGGUGACUUGGUAGCAUUGCCAGAAGCUAGGCUCUUGCAGCCUUUGACGUGGUUUAGCUUUGGAUUACCCUUAGCAUUUGGUCAUGUGCUAGGAAGGAGCUAUCUCUUCUUCUGCUGGGGCAGGAGAUUGUGGAGGUCUGGAUUGUCUGGAUCCUGUUGA